CGUGGGCGGUUUCUGUUCUCGACUUUAUCUGCUGAGGAGGCGGUGCCGGGCUGGAAAUAGAAGUGUGUGAGCGGCUGUUGUGUGUACGGGUGCAGGGUGAAGUGAACACGCGGACAAAAUGGAGACCGAGUCAAAGUAUUUACCGGAGCUUUUGGCAGAGAAGGACAGUCUGGACCCUUCCUUCACACAUGCAAUGGGCCUGCUUAACGACGAAAUUGAAAGGAUCAAGAAGGGAGGUGAACCCAAGAAAGAAGAAGAGGAUGCAUAUCUCGAUUUAUUUUCUCAUAAAAACAUGAAACUUAAAGAGCGUGUUCUGAUCCCUGUCAAACUGUACCCAAAGUUUAAUUUUGUUGGAAAGAUCCUGGGACCACAAGGUAACACAAUAAAGAGGCUGCAGGAGGAAACUGGAGCCAAAAUUUCUGUACUGGGAAAGGGAUCAAUGAGAGACAAGGCAAAGGAAGAGGAGCUCCGCAAAGGAGGGGACCCCAAAUAUAGUCACCUAAACAUGGACCUGCAUGUGUUCAUUGAAGUCUUUGGCCCACCUUGCGAAGCAUACACACGUAUGGCACAUGCUAUGGAGGAGGUCAAGAAGUUUCUUGUUCCGGACAUGAUGGAUGAUAUCUGUCAGGAACAAUUUUUGGAACUGUCUUACCUGAAUGGUGCUCCACCAGAACAAGCCCGUGGUGGAGGAAGAGGUGGCCCCACAAGAGGCAGAGGAGGGCCCCCACCUGCUGCUGCUGUUCCUCCUGCAAGAGGUAGAGCUGGACCCCUACGUUCUCUUGUUCCAAGGGGCGCACCUGGACGAGGCACAAUAGCCCGUGGUUCCAGUGUCAGCAGAACUGUGGCUCCCACCCCAGCAAGCAGGGGCACGCCUUCAGGAAGGGCACGGGCUGGAUCCAUUCAGAGGAUUUCCUUGCCUCCUCCAGCUCAAGAGUCCUAUGAUGACUAUGGCUAUGAUGAUUCAUAUGCUGACCAGAGCUAUGAGAGUUAUGAAGGAUAUUACAAUCAAAACCAAGGUGAUACAGAAUAUUAUGACUACGGGCAUGGUGAGGGACCAGAAUCGUAUGAAGGUUAUGGCCAAGACAAUUGGAAUGGAUCACGGCCCUCCUUAAAAUUGCCUUCGUCUCACCCUCCGAAAGGUGGCACUUACAGAGAUCAUCCCUACCGACGCUUUUGAGACUCUGCUCAUCCAAACCUUAUUUACUGACAUGUUGUGCCCCGGGACUUCCUGUUCCUUAACCCACACACAAGUAAAUUCUGUGCUCUGUGACCCCCUUCAUCUCCUCAAACCUUCCCUCCUGAAAUCCUUCUCAUAGGACUGCUUUUAAAUCAGAUAAUUAUCCAAACGUUUUUUAAGUUUAUUUUGGUGACAAUAUUAACACUAUUUUUUUUUCAAUUGUUUAAAAAGAAAAGAGGAAAAAAAAAAACUUUAAAAUUCCAAUAUGCUUUUCAUGUAAAAAGUUGUUAAAAUGUAGUUUUUCAAAGUGACUGACUGCUCCAAACUGAAAGUUCCUAACAAAACAUUUAAUGUUAGCUGUAGUGUAACUGUUCUGAACAAAGCUGCAUUUCAAAAUCCCUUUCAGCAAGUUGCAAAUUAGUGUAAUUAGCUGUAAUAUUGUAUGCUGUUUUAAAACAAGCUUCUGACUUUGUAAUUAAAUUCCUCUUUGUUAUCAAA